ACGUGGAGUGGGUAUUCCUCCGGCCGGGUCUGUGCGCGCGCUCAUAGUCGCUUCAUGACCACUUUGGUCCUGUUAUGUCUCGAGCCCAGUGCUGUCAGCGGCGGCACGUUUCACUCUUUUUUCACUGCCCUCGCGAGUCGGACCAACUUUUCUUGAACCCGCAGCCUUGGAGCUGAGAAUGCCGCCCGCAUAACUCCGGGUACUGCUGCACAUCUACCCCCUCCUUUUUCUUUCUUUUCCCCCCCUUGUCCCGCGUUUUCGAUAGUGAAGUUACUGUACAUAAGUAUGGUAGAUAAAGGCCCCUUGUUGACUUCUGCCAUUAUUUUUUACCUGUCCAUUGGGGCAGCAAUUUUUCAAGUCCUGGAGGAACCCAAUUGGAAGCAGGCUGCAAAGCAGUAUAGUGCCCAGAAGGAUAAAAUACUUGAGGACUAUCCCUGUCUGACGAAAGAUGAUUUGAACAGAAUAUUAGAGGCCGUGUCUGAUGCUGCAGGGCAAGGAGUCACUAUUACUGGCAGCAAAACCUUCAACAACUGGAACUGGCCUAAUGCUGUUAUCUUUGCAGCCACUGUUAUCACUACUAUUGGAUAUGGGAACAUUGCCCCCAAAACUUCAGCCGGCCGUGUCUUUUGCAUUUUCUACGGGCUGUUCGGUGUUCCUUUAUGUCUUACCUGGAUCAGUGAGCUGGGAAAGUUCUUUGGUGGCAGAGCAAAGCACCUUGGCCAGUAUCUAACUAAGAAAGGGUUUUCCCUGAGAAAAGCUCAGUUUACCUGCACAGCUAUUUUCCUACUUUGGGGUGUGCUGGUGCACUUAGUCCUUCCACCUUUUGUGUUUAUGUCCCAAGAGGGUUGGAGUUAUAUUGAAGGCUUGUACUUCUCGUUUGUUACCUUGACAACCAUUGGUUUUGGAGAUUUGGUUGCAGGUGUGGAGCCAACUAAAGACUAUCCCACUUUGUACCGUUACUUUGUGGAAGUGUGGAUUUAUCUGGGACUGGCUUGGCUGUCUCUGUUCUUCAACUGGAAAGUGCGGAUGGUGAUAGAGGCCCACAAGGCUUUGAAGAAACGCCGCAAGCUACGAAAACUAUCUCUCGACGAGCUCCGGCACUACAAAGAGUCACACAAAGCUUCUCUCCGUUUGCCACCCACUCCUAAUGAUGUCAACAUCUUCAGUUUCUUGUCCAAAAAACAGGAAGGGUACAAUGAUUUGAUCAAGCAGAUCGGCAAUAAAAAAGAUGGUAGAGCUAGCAGCACCAGCGCCAUCACCAUCAAAAAACCCAAAGACAUGGGUCGCUCCCAGAGUUGUAACGAUGCCCCUAUGUAUAAUGGUCACACAAUCCUCAGUCUGGAUCGGUCGCCGCGACAGAAGAGACGCUACAGUUUUAGUGAUCGCGUCACUGUGGCAUUUUCAAAGUCAAAGAACUACCUCCUGGGCUCAGACAGUGGGUUGCUUCUAACAGAGGAUCAAGUGGAGGCUGAACAAGAGGUUAACCAGGACCAAAUGUACGAGAAUCAGCUGGACAAAGAUGUCGACCUAGAGAAUGGAGGAGUGGGAGACGGUGGUCGUAGGACAUGGGACUCUAAAGAAUACCACCCCCUCACCUUCCAAAAUGCCAACAUCACGUUUAUUGAUGAGGAGAACUUUCUCAGUAAUAACCUGGAGGAGGAGGAGGAAGAGGACAAUGAUGACGAUUCCAAAGCAAAGCUGUCUAUUACUACAUGUGACGAAAACAUUGAAACAAACUCCAAGGACGAGGAGCAGGGAUCUGAAUCUGAAGAGUCUGUGUUCACUAGUGACUGUUCAGAACACAGCCACUCCUAUGAGAAACUGGUAGAGGAAUAUGCGAAGGAAGACAACACAGACUCUUGAACUAAAGCGAAGAGUUGAGUAAAAUUGACACAUCUUCUAAACUGCCUUAUGUCAGCUGGGUUGGUGUUAAAGUAUAUGUAUUUCAAUGUUUAGAAGGAUAUUAGAAGUUUCAUUGCACUUUUGGAGUCUGAUAAUGAAAGACUGCAAAGCCAAAAAUCAAAUUUCAAAUGAAUGUUCGCUGCAUAUUUUUUGAUUUUUCUAGAUUUCCUGUGAACUCUUGAACACAUAAUGUCCAUCAUUUUGAUGAAUAUGGACUACCAGGCAUAACAUGCAACCAAAUGAGUAUUUAAGAUCUGCUCUAUUUAUGUCUUUUUUACAGUUUAAGAAACUCAAUGCCACACUUAGUAUGCAAUAUAUCUAAACUAAGAACGUUUGUUUUCCUCAAGUGUGUUUUCUACUCAUAGGCUAAUAAGAACUCUGGCAGUGAUUGAUUCAUCCAUAGUUCCUACCUGCAUAUUCACCAUAUUGGUGAUUUAUAUCAUAUUUAUUAAAAUGAAGGACGCAGUAGCUUUUAUUCAAUGCUACAUGGGUUUAUGUCAUUACCAUUGCACAAUUCCAGUAAGGACAAUUUCAAAGUCCAUUCUUGUGUCUUUAAAACCUGAGCCAAACCUUUGUCCUUAAAGAAACUGAAGAGCGUCUGUCUUAUAUUUCAUUAGACACGUUUUUGAAGACCUUGAUGAAUUGUUGUGUCUGAGAUUGCUUGCAGGUUGUUUAGACUUUAAGCAAUUGAAUUGUGACUGCUUUUAAGGUCAUCAGUGAAACACAAGCAAUAUCUGGGAGUCGCCGAACUCAUUGGAAAAUAAACAUAACAAGAAGAAUCGUUAAUGUUCUGAACAGAGAGGCAUAUAUGAAAAAAUAUUAAUAUCUUAUCCCAGAGGCAAAUGAGAUUUGUAUUGUUUUAUAUGCCUUUGUUUCUGGCUGUUGACUGCUGUAAAAUCUGCUUUGCAAAUGAGCCUCCCCCGUGCCUUAGACGGUGGUUUUGUGAAUACUUAAUAGUGGAGUUUUGCUGCUUAUAGCUCAUCAAGUGCUGUUCUCUGACUUAAGGGUUCUGUUCCAGUGCAGUGUAUGAUGUGAACCUUCACAGCAACAAUAUUCUCACUUUCUGUCUCUUUGUAUUUGCCAUGUAAACAUUGGCUGGAAGCCCGUCAGUAGCAACAAACAGUGCUCUGCUCUGAACAUGGCCUUGUUACUUGUAUUUGCCUUUGGGGGCUUGCACUUGCACAAAUGACUGAAGUACCGCUUCUGUCAGCCAACCAAGGUUAACCUGUAACAGGCCAAUACUCUCAUGAGGCAUGAUUCAGUCAUGAGACAAAGGCGGCAGCACUGGUGCUCUCAAAUUUUGUGUAGUGUUUCCCCCCUUUUUCAAGUGCGUACGAAUUGUAAACUGUAGGGACCAUAAUAUUAUGUCCAUUGCUUUUCAUUUUCACUGUUAAUAACCCUGCCCACCCACUGCCUAUUGCACAUGAGUUGCACAUUAAAAACUUGAAACAGUGUUAUUUUGCAUUGUAAGAUGGCAGUGGCUGCAGUGUUUCAUGCUAAACAUGUCUCUUCAAUUAAAGAUGGAGGAAGUGAUUAUAACUAUUUUGACUCAUGAGUCAAUAUCCUGACUCUGUAAACAGAAGUAUUAAAAAAAACAAAGUGGCCUAGAUUCACACAACAGUCAACAGGUGUGGGUGUUCAUGCUUGUGCACAGGAUGGGGGUUUCUUUAAAUUGGGGGCACAACUUCCGAAUGAGCACUGAUGGGAGGGGUCUCUAUUUGGCUGAUUACUUUACGUCUCUCUUAAGAAUCACUUCCUCCAUUUUUAAAUGUUCAGUGUACUAUUUUUUCUGGGAUCUAUUUCCAGAAACUGAACGUAAUCUUCAUUGUUUGUUUCAUUACCUGAAAGUAUGAGUCACUGUUUUUUCCUUCCUUUACAAUGAGUCGUUUUUAUCGACUGUGGAAGUGGGUACUGUUUGCUGUGUCCACACUAGAUGCCUCUAAUUAUCACACUGAACCUUUAGGACAUAUUCAGUCAAAUUGAGUGGUAUACUGUACAUUUAGCCUAAUAUUUGCAGUUUUUUGUCUAGACUACAUCAUCUUUAGUCCUGAAAAGUAACAUACACUAACAGGUAACUAAUUCUACUGCAGACACCAGUGUCUGGCAGUGACUCAUUAGAUGACAUUAGUAACCCUUACAUUUUUAGCGAUUGCUUCUGUCCAUUUUGUAUUUCCCUGCAGAGCCCACCACUUCUGUUAUAAGCUGUAUGUGUGAGUGCAGAAUGGUUAUGCAGCCCUGGUACUCGUCAGAACUGAAUUUCACAUGUUUCUAGAUAAACUAAGCAGGUUAUUUUGGUUUAACCCAGUGUCCUACUCUUUCCUUUUUAAUGUUGCUCCAUUUAUGUAAAAACUCCAUAAUAGUUGUGUAAUGUUUUUUUUUUUUUUUUUUUUAUAUGAGUAUGUAAUUAAAUUAUUCAUGUUUUUAAAAGUUGAAUUGUAUAGUUGUAUAUAGAUUAUGAACAAAACUGUAUAUUUCAUUCAAAAUAAACAUUUA